CGUUGUAAACAAUUACAUCCUUCAAUCAAAUUCAGCGCGCAGAGUUGGAAAUGUUAUAGUAUUUUUUAGCUAAAAGCAUUUACACAGGAAGUGGAUGUAUCAUAUAUGUCUAUAGCCCUUCAGCUAACCGCAGUUUUGCAGCACUUCCCUUGCUCAGUGCUGCAAAGGUAACGACUUGGAAGGACAUAUUCUGCAGCCCAGACAUUAAAACUUGCCUUUUAAUGUGACCUUAUUUCCAUAUAAAUGCACACAAUUGCUAGGAGCAAGUAUCGGUGUGUGUCCGACAUCGUAAGCAGCACAUAUAUAAAUAAACAAAAUGUCAGCGUUUAAAGCCGAGUCCUAUAUUGUCUCCUCACCUGUUCAUCAGCGUGGGACUACAUAUCGCAAUGGGAAUACACGGGCUUGCCAAGCUGAUUGCUGACCAGGCCCCUGGAGCCAUUAAAGAACAAGACAUCAAGAAUUACUUCGGCAGGAAAAUUGCAAUAGAUGCCUCCAUGUGCAUCUACCAGUUCCUGAUUGCUGUGCGACAGGAUGGCAACGUUCUACAGAAUGAAGAUGGAGAGACAACCAGCCACCUCAUGGGAAUGUUCUACCGGACAAUCCGCAUGCUGGAACAUGGCAUCAAACCCGUGUAUGUGUUUGAUGGAAAGCCCCCACAGCUCAAGUCAGCAGAGCUGGAGAAGAGAGGGGAGAGGAGGGCAGAAGCUGAGAAGCUGCUUGCUCAAGCCCAGGAAAUGGGGGAACAAGAGAACAUUGACAAAUUCACCAAGCGCCUGGUGAAAGUCACCAAGCAACAUAAUGACGAGUGCAAGAAGCUGCUGACCCUGAUGGGAGUUCCCUACAUUGAGGCCCCGUGUGAGGCCGAGGCCAGCUGUGCUGCUCUGGUUAAAGCAGGGAAGGUGUUUGCCACAGCGACAGAGGAUAUGGAUGGGCUGACCUUUGGCACAAGUGUCUUGCUCAGACACCUCACUGCCAGUGAAGCAAAGAAACUUCCUAUCCAAGAGUUCCACUUUAGUCGUAUCCUGCUGGACAUUGGUCUGACACAUGAACAGUUCAUAGACCUGUGUAUUCUGCUGGGCUGUGACUACUGCGGUACCAUCAAGGGCAUCGGGCCUAAGAGAGCCAUCGACCUGAUCAGACAGCAUGGCUGCAUCGAGGAAAUCCUAAAAAACACUGACUCCAGUAAGCACCCUGCUCCAGAGGACUGGCUGUACAAAGAGGCCAGGACUUUGUUUCUGAUGCCAGAAGUGGUGGACUGUUCCUCAGUGGAGCUGAAGUGGAGCGAGCCGGACGAGGAGGGCCUGAUCCAAUUCAUGUGUAACGAGAAACAGUUCAGUGAGGACAGGAUCCGUAACGGCUGUAAGAAGAUUGUGAAGAGCAGACAGGGCAGCACACAGGGACGGCUGGACUCUUUCUUCACCGUCACCGGAUCUCUGUCCACUAAACGGAAGGAGCCUGAGGUAAAAGGGUCAGCGAGUAAAAAGAAGAAGACUGGAGCCAACCUGGGCAAAUUUAAGAGGGGGAAAUAGACUAAACACAUGGUUCUUUGAAUUCUUUGAGAAGUAAUUAUUGUAGUCAGCAACAGUUUCUGUAUAAAGAAUAUAUAUAUCUCCAUGUGAGAUAAGAGAGAACUGCAACACAAUAGGACAUUAUGCAAGUUAAGAUGAAAAUAUGUUAUGGAUGUUGAAGGGUUCUAUCAAAGUGGGUUUUCUGUCAUGAAAUAAAAGUAAGUUUUU